CACUAAUUGAAUCACAACACCAAAAUGUCGUCACUAACGAACACGGUGCUCUUGCCUAACCUUGGCUUUUUACGAUCGCAGGCUCGGCUCAGCACAAGCUUGCAGGAGCUUUACAGAAAUGUGCCACAGCAGGUGCCUGUAGCAAUCCAAAGUCAUGGCUCAUGAACCUGCCUUCAUCCGGUAAUAAGUUGACAUGUGAUAACAGUAUCGUGCAAGCGACCAAGGAAUUACCGCAGGCAGGCCACGCUUCAUUCGCUCACACAGGUAGGUAAGACGGCGUAGAUACCAAGGCAUAGUAAACCCGCCAAGCAGGAUAGCUGCAUCUACAACCUUAAAUCAGUACACCAAAGGCUUUCAUCGCGGGGUUCCUGUCGUUUGUUAGCAAUAUCUCUCAUAUUCUAGGCCUACGAACAUCCUAACCUUUCAAUCUUGUUCAAUUCCCAUCGACACAAUGAAGCUCGCAGUCUUCAGCACGAAGCCCUACGACAAGCUUUACCUUACCACCGAACAUGCCGCUGAGCUCGACAAAGCUGCCGGCAUAGAACUCAUUUAUCACGACUUCUCCCUUUCACUCGAUACGGCCGAACUCUCACGGGGCGCUGAUGCUGUCUGCAUCUUCGUCAACGAUGUUGCCGAUGCGCCGGUCAUUGAGCAACUUGUCUCACAUGGCGUCAAGGCCAUCCUCUUGCGAUGUGCAGGUUUCAACAAUGUUGACCUCGAUGCUGCCGAGAAGUAUGGCUUGGUCGUGGCCAACGUACCGUCAUAUUCGCCCGAGGCCGUAGCCGAGUUUGCUCUGGCACUUGUCCAAACACUCAACCGUCAUACACAUCAGGCUUACAACAGAGUGCGGGAGGGCAACUUUAACCUGAGUGGCCUUCUGGGCAAGACAUUACAUGGCAAGACCGUUGGGGUGGUCGGCACGGGAAGGAUCGGUGUUGCAUUUGCUAGAAUCAUGAAUGGGUUUGGCUGCACGGUCAUUGGCUUCGAUCCUUUCCCGAGUGAGGACUUCCAGAAGCACGGCGAAUACACAGACCUCGACUCGCUGCUCCAGCAGAGCGACAUUAUCAGCUUGCAUUGCCCGCUGAUGCCGAAGACCAAGCAUAUCAUCAAUGAUGACACCCUCUCGAAAAUGAAGGAUGGUGUCAUUCUUGUCAACACAUCUCGUGGCGGCUUGAUUAAGACCAGAUCCGUCAUCGCAGCUCUCAAGAGCAAGAAGCUUGGUGGUUUGGCUCUGGAUGUGUACGAGGGCGAGGGAGAAUUGUUUUACAAUGAUCACUCGGGCACCAUCAUCGAUGAUGAUGAACUCAUGCGCUUGACAACUUUCCACAAUGUAAUCAUCUGUGGCCACCAGGCGUUUUUUACCGAGGAAGCCUUGCAAGAGAUUGGUACGACUACGUUGAAGAACCUGGCCGACUUCGCUCUACAGCGUCCGUGCAAGAACUCAUUGAUAAAGACCAAGGAAGACUUGAUCAAAAGGAAGCAGUCCAUUCCUAUUCGCAUUUGAGCUUACGAGUCCAAUGCAGUCUGGGUGGUGAGCAUGGAGUCUGCGCGUACUCACCAUGGCCUACGUUGUGCAAUAUGAUGGGUUUCCUAGUAUUCACGACUAAAAUGGCUGUUGCCAUGAUCCUCACGCUGGUUCAACGGCGAAGCACCAAAUGAGAGAUGAAGAGAAAAGAAAAAGGGAAGGGGGGCAGGGGCACAUGUAUCACCCUUUGGCUGUUGCUAGAUGUUAUAUGCACGGCGCGGUACAGUACCACACAAUUGGAAAGACACGCGACUACUCUGGUAGACCUUUACGCCGACCCAUAGUAGAUAGUUACAUGAUCAUUCCUACACAGCCACUGAGUUUGUGGUUCUUCCAAA